AGUGUUAGAUUGUUGAAUGUUUAGACUUUUCUGACAAUGGCAGUAUCAAAUCUGAUGGUGUUGGUGUUGGUGUUUUUGUGUUCUCAACUGGUGCUCAAUGGAUUUUCUUCUCCGAUUGGGCUUCCUUUACACCAGACUGGUAGUGAUCAAAUGCUUGUGGAAAAGAAAGAAGUUCCCUUGUCCUGUCCUUCUGCAAGCCAAAAUCUAAACCCACCAGUGGUAGCACAAUGCAACUUUGCUGUUCUGUUGUCUCUGAAAAAUGCAUCUGGGCUAGUUAUCCAAAAGGGUAUUGAUGUGAAGAAUUUGUCUGAGUCCGGCCCUCUCCCUGUCAAGGGGUCUGGCACUCAACCCACUAAGAUUGAUGGUGAGGACUCCAACACUCUCCCAGUUGUGGAAUCCAGCCCCCAGCCUUCCAAGGAACCCAGCACUAUCCCAGCUCGGGGACCUUGCUUUCGGCAUGCUGAAAAAUCCAGCCUCAAGCCUGCGGAAUCCACUGUAGUCCCAGAUGCUGGGUUUAAUCAUCUGCCUGUUGAGACAAGACCCCUGUUUGCUAAGGAACCCAGCACUAUCCCAACUGGGGGACCUUACACUCUGCCUGCUGAGAAAUCCAGCCCCCAGCCUUCCAAGGAACCCAGCACUAUCCCAGCUGGGGGAUCUAAUGCUCUGCCUGCUGAGAAAUCCAGCCCCCAGCCUUCCAAGGAACCCAGCACUAUCCCAGCCAGCCCUCAGCCUUCCGAGGAACCCAGCACUAUCCCAGCCAGCCCUCAGCCUUCCAAGGAACCCAGCACUAUCCCAGCUGGGGGAUCUAAUGCUCUGCCUGCUGAGAAAUCCAGCCCCCAGCCUUCCAAGGAACCCAGCACUAUCCCAGCCAGCCCCCAGCCUUUCAAGGAACCCAGCACUAUCCCAGCUGGGGGAUCUAAUGCUCUGCCUGCUGAGAAAUCCAGCCCUCAGCCUUCCAAGGAACCCAGCACUAUCCCAGCUGGGGGAUCUAAUGCUCUGCCUGCUGAGAAAUCCAGCCCCCAGCCUUCCAAGGAACCCAGCACUAUCCCAGCUGGGGGAUCUAAUGCUCUGCCUGCUGAGAAAUCCAGCCCUCAACCUUCCAAGGAACCCAGCACUAUCCCAGCUGGGGGAUCUAAUGCUCUGCCUGCUGAGAAAUCCAGCCCCCAGCCUUUCAAGGAACCCAGCACUAUCCCAGCUGGGGGCUCUAAUGCUCUGCCUGCUGAGAAAUCCAGCCCUCAGCCUUCCAAGGAACCCAGCACUAUCCCAGCUGGGGGACCUAAUGCUCUGCCUGCUGAGAAAUCCAGCCCCAAGCCUGCAGAAUCCACUGUAGUCCCAGAUGUUGGGUUUAAUCAUCUGCCUGUUGAGACUAGCCCCCUGUUUGCCAAGGAACCCAGCACUAUCCCAGCCAGCCCCCAGCCUUCCAAAGAACCCAGAACACUCCCAGCUGGGGGACCUAACGCUCUGCCUGCUGAGAAAUCCAGCCCCCAGCCUUCCAAGGAACCCAGCACUAUCCCAGCCAGCCCCCAGCCUUUCAAGGAACCCAGCACUAUCCCAGCUGGGGGAUCUAAUGCUCUGCCUGCUGAGAAAUCCAGCCCCCAGCCUUCCAAGGAACCCAGCACUAUCCCAGCUGGGGGAUCUAAUGCUCUGCCUGCUGAGAAAUCCAGCCCUCAACCUUCCAAGGAACCCAGCACUAUCCCAGCUGGGGGAUCUAAUGCUCUGCCUGCUGAGAAAUCCAGCCCCCAGCCUUCCAAGGAACCCAGCACUAUCCCAGCUAGCCCUCAGCCUUCCAAGGAACCCAGCACUAUCCCAGCCAGCCCUCAGCCUUCCAAGGAACCCAGCACUAUCCCAGCUGGGGGAUCUAAUGCUCUGCCUGCUGAGAAAUCCAGCCCCCAGCCUUCCAAGGAACCCAGCACUAUCCCAGCUGGGGGAUCUAAUGCUCUGCCUGCUGAGAAAUCCAGCCCUCAGCCUUCCAAGGAACCCAGCACUAUCCCAGCUGGGGGAUCUAAUGCUCUGCCUGCUGAGAAAUCCAGCCCCCAGCCUUCCAAGGAACCCAGCACUAUCCCAGCUAGCCCUCAGCCUUCCAAGGAACCCAGCACUAUCCCAGCCAGCCCUCAGCCUUCCAAGGAACCCAGCACUAUCCCAGCUGGGGGAUCUAAUGCUCUGCCUGCUGAGAAAUCCAGCCCCCAGCCUUCCAAGGAACCCAGCACUAUCCCAGCCAGCCCCCAGCCUUUCAAGGAACCCAGCACUAUCCCAGCUGGGGGAUCUAAUGCUCUGCCUGCUGAGAAAUCCAGCCCUCAGCCUUCCAAGGAACCCAGCACUAUCCCAGCUGGGGGACCUAAUGCUCUGCCUGCUGGGAAAACCAGCCCUCAGCCUUCCAAGGAACCCAGCACUAUCCCAGCCAGCCUUCAGCCUUCCAAGGAACCAAACACUAUCCCAGCCAGCCCCCAGCCUUCCAAAGAACCCAGCACUAUCCCAGCUGGGGGACCUAAUGCUCUGCCUGCUGCGAAAUCCAGCCCCAAGCCUGCAGAAUCCACUGUAGUCCCAGAUGUUGGGUUUAAUCAUCUGCCUGUUGAGACUAGCCCCCUGUUUGCCAAGGAACCCAGCACUAUCCCAGCCAGCCCCCAGCCUUCCAAAGAACCCACCACACUCCCAGCUGGGGGACCUAACGCUCUGCCUUCUGAGAAAUCCAGCCCCCAGCCUUCCAAGGAACCCAGCACUAUCCCAGCCAGCCCUCAGCCUUCCAAGGAACCCAGCACUAUCCCAGCUGGGGGAUCUAAUGCUCUGCCUGCUGAGAAAUCCAGCCCCCAGCCUUCCAAGGAACCCAGCACUAUCCCAGCCAGCCUUCAGCCUUCCAAGGAACCCAGCACUAUCCCAGCUGGGGGACCUAACGCUCAGCCUGCUGAGAAAUCCAGCCCCCAGCCUUCCAAAGGACCAAGCACUGUCCCAGCUGGGGGACCUGGAUCCAGCCCCCAUCCAGUUGUGGAGUCCAGUGCUCUACACACCCCAGAGUGUAGUCCUUACCAUUCAAAGGGGUCCCUCCCUCCAUGUGUCAUUUCCUGUCUGCUUGAACCAAAGUGUAUUAAUGCACUGAAGUCUUUUAUUGGCAUUGAUCCUCUGUAAAUGUGGCAUUUUUAAGGCAAUAAAACCACUCAUCUUUCUGGUAAAA